AUGCCCAGGAACCGCGCCUUCUCCGAGCCGGAAUUCUCGGCCGAAUACUCCGCCGAUUACUCCCUGAGCUUCCCCUCGGAUCCCGACGGGAAUCUCCGCCGCUCCCGGGAAUCGCCGGCGCCGCAGGCUGGGGGGGGGCCCUGCCCGUGCCUGCCGCGCUCCCGGCGCUUUUCCUUCUCGCCGGAAUCCUUGGAAAAGCUCUACCAGACUUAUUUCCGCCGCCAGCGCCACGAGACGCUGCUGGUGCUGGUGGUCUUCUCCGCCCUCUUCGACUGCUACAUCCUGGGAAUGUGCGCCGGCUUUUCCCGAGUGGAAAAACUUUUCCCGGCGCUGGCGGCGCUGGCGGGCUUGGUGGCGCACGGCUCGGUUUUCCUGCUGCUGAAAUCCCGGCUGCUCCCGGAGGAUUUCUCCCAGCGGUUCCUGCCCUGCGGGCUGUGGGCGCUGACGGUGGCGCAGCUCUGGGCGCUGCUGGGGCUGGAAUUCCAGAGGAGUUUUCCCGAGGCGGUGGACGCGGCGGGCUGGCAGGCGUUCUUCGCCUUCUCCUGCUUCCUGACGCUGCCGCUGCGCCUGGCGCGGAUCCUGCUGCUGGCGGCCGCCUCCUGCGGCGCCCACGCGCUCGUCCUGGGAAUCCUGCAGCUCCAGAGGGGCCGCGACGGCGCGGAGCCGGGAGAGGUGGCCAGGCAGCUGGUGUCCAACGUGGCGCUGUACGCCUGCGCGGUGGCGGUGGGCGCCAUGUCGUACGUGAUGGCGGACCGGAAGCACCGGAAGGCGUUCCUGGAGGCGCGGCAGUCGCUGGAGGUCAAACUCAACCUGGAGGAGCAGAGCCAGCAGCAGGAGCGGCUGAUGCUGUCCAUCCUGCCCAAGCACGUGGCGGACGAGAUGCUGAAGGACAUGAAGAAGGACCCGAGCCAGAAGGAGCUGCAGCAGUUCAACACCAUGUACAUGUACCGCCACGAGAACGUCAGCAUCCUGUUUGCCGACAUCGUGGGCUUCACGCAGCUCUCGUCGUCCUGCAGCGCCCAGGAGCUCGUCAAGCUCCUCAACGAGCUCUUCGCCCGCUUCGACAAGCUGGCCGCCAAACAUCACCAGCUGCGGAUCAAGAUCCUGGGGGAUUGCUACUACUGCAUCUGCGGGCUGCCGGAAUUCCGGGAGGACCACGCGGCCUGCUCCAUCCGGAUGGGGCUGGCCAUGGUGGAGGCCAUCGCCUCGGUGCGGGAGCGGACGCGCACGGCGGUGGACAUGCGCGUGGGCGUGCACAGCGGCGCCGUGCUGGGCGGCGUGCUGGGCCAGAAGCGCUGGCAGUACGACGUCUGGUCCACCGACGUCACCGUGGCCAACAAGAUGGAGGCCGGCGGCAUCCCCGGGCGCGUGCACAUCUCGCAGAGCACCGUGGACUGCCUGAAGGGCGAGUUCGAGGUGGAGCCGGGCGAGGGCGGCUCGCGCUGCGACUACCUGAGGGACAAGGGCAUCGUCACCUACCUGGUGGUGGUCCCCAAGCAGGGCCUGCGGCACGGCGUCAACGGCGUGAAGCUGUCCCUGACCUCGUCGCACGGCGUGUCCCCCCCUCCUGUCACCACCAACGGCGGCCUCAGCCCGGAGCCCCCCGAGGAGGCCGAGCGCGGCCGCGGCAGCUCCGCGGAGCUCGACGACGACGACGACGGCGAGGCGCCCAACCCGUCGUUCCCGAACCCGCGUCGGCGGCUGCGGCUGCGGGACCUGGCGGAGCGCGCGGCGGGCGCGGCGCAGAACGAGCAGGAGCUGCACCGGCUGCUCAACGCGGCGCUGCUGGAGCGCGAGUCCGUGCAGGCGCUGAAGGGCCAGAGCACCUUCCGGCUGUCGCUGCGCUUCACCGACCCCGACAUGGAGACGCGCUACUCGGUGGAGAAGGAGAAGCAGAGCGGCGCCGCCUUCGGCUGCUCCUGCGUCGUCCUCUUCUUCACCGCCCUGGUGGAGGCCGUCGUCGACCCCUGGCUGGUGGCCAACUACGUGACCUUCGCGGUGGGCGAGGUGCUGCUGCUGGGCCUGACGCUCUGCUCCUUGGCCGCCAUCUUCCCGAGGGCGUUCCCCAAGAAGCUGGUGGCCUUCUCCACCUGGAUCGACCGCACCCGCUGGGCGCGCAACACCUGGGCCAUGGCGGCCAUCGCCAUCGUCACCGCGGCCGACAUCGUGGACAUGCUGGCCUGCCGCCGCGACCGCUGGGUGGUGGCCAACGGGACCUCGGGGCCGCCCCGCGGCGGCGGCGGCUGCGCCGACCACCCCAAGUACUACAGCUACAUCGCCCUGCUGGCCCUGGUGGCCACCGUGAUGCUGGUGCAGGUGAGCCACAUGGUCAAGCUGACCCUCAUGGUGCUCAUCACCGCCGCCACCGGCGCCGUCAACUUCUCCGCCUGGGAGCCCAUCUUCGACCACUACGACCGGCGGCGCGGCCAGCACAGCUCGUCCGUGCUGGUCCCCUCCAAGUACUCCAUGACCGCCAUGAUCUUCGUGGUGAUGCUCAGCUUCUACUACUUCUCGCGGCACGUGGAGAAGCUGGCCCGGACGCUGUUCCUGUGGAAGAUCGACGUCCAUGACCAGAAGGAGCGCGUCUCCGAGAUGCGCCGCUGGAACGAGGCCCUGGUGGCCAACAUGCUGCCCGAGCACGUGGCCCGACACUUCCUGGGCUCCAAAAAGCGGGAUGAGGAGCUGUACAGCCAAUCCUAUGAGGAGAUCGGGGUGAUGUUCGCCUCGCUGCCCAACUUCGCCGACUUCUACACGGAGGAGAGCAUCAACAACGGCGGCAUCGAGUGCCUGCGCUUCCUCAACGAGAUCAUCUCCGACUUCGACGCGCUCCUGGACGAGCCCCAGUUCCGCUGCAUCACCAAGAUCAAGACCAUCGGCAGCACCUACAUGGCCGCCUCCGGAGUGACGCCCGACGCCGGCGCCAACGGAUUCGGAGCCAAGAAGGAGCCGCGCUCGGAGAAGGAGCGCUGGCAGCACCUGGCCGACCUGGCCGACUUCGCGCUGGCCAUGAAGGUGACGCUGAUGAACAUCAACUACCAGUCCUUCAACAACUUCAUGCUGCGCAUAGGGAUGAACAAGGGGGCGGUGCUGGCCGGCGUCAUCGGGGCGCGCAAGCCCCACUACGACAUCUGGGGCAACACGGUCAACGUGGCCAGCAGGAUGGAGUCCACCGGAGUCAUGGGCAACAUCCAGGUGGUGGAGGAGACCCAGCAGAUCCUGAAGGAGUACGGGUUCCGCUUCGUCCGCCGCGGCGCCGUCUACGUCAAGGGCAAAGGGGAGCUCCUGACCUUCUUCCUGAAGGGCCGCGAGAAACCGGGAUCGCUCCUCGGAUCCGCCGCCGUCCCCCUGCCCCACCAGGUGCUGGAGAAUUCCUGAGGAUUCCUCGGGAAUCUCCACCGGGAUCCGGAACCUGACCCCCCUUCCCGGAGGUUUUUUUUUUUCGGGGGCGGGGGUUUUUAUUCCGCGGAAAAGAGGGAAAGGCGGAUCCGGGAUUUUUUUCCCCCCCGCCCCCGCCGGGGUUUUCCCGCCGCGGGAAUUCCGGACUCGGAGCGGCGGCGGCGAUUCCGGGAGAUCCAAACUCAGGGAUGGUUGGGAAGACUCCGCGUCUCUUCCGCGUGCCGGGAGCGGGGGCGAAUCCGGGAUUUCCCCCCCGAAAAUUCCUCCCGAAUUCGAGAGCUCGGGUCCGGCUUGGAUUUGGGGCAGGACGGGAGCUGUGUAUUCCAGAUCCAUAAAUUUUA